AUUUUCUAAUGCAAAUCUUCGAAUGGAACAUGUUCGCUUUCAGUUAGCUUAAUUUCUUUCCGACCUGUUUUCCGUUAAGGCCCGCCUUCUACGCUGUGAUUCGGCAGGCUCGCACGCCUGUAAAGCACCGUCCAAUCCUGGAAGACGACGCGUUGCGAUGGUAGCCAAUCCCCGUGUUGGGUGGGUGUGGCGUGUCGGAAUACGGGUGGGGAGGAGCUAAACGUGUCCGCGUGUCGGUCUCGUGGGUUUAUUUACAGCUGAGCACAGUUUAUUGCUCAGUGUGGACAUGUCGAGACAUGUCCUCGGAAUAUAAUGUGAAAUAAAAAACAGUACGUAUCUGGAGUUGCUGUUGGUGUCAGCUUCAUUGAGAGUAAAGGUUUUGAGAAUAAGAGUUUGCUUUAGUUUAGAAAUCCAGCAUGGAGGUGGAGAGAGACUUCAUACUCACUCCUCCACCUAAAACUGUGCGCUUUGGGGACACUGUGGUCAACACUCUGGCCAAACUCAAGCAGGGAGACACUAGUGACUAUGAGAUGAUAAAACAUCAACUCUCAGACCCUGACAUUAAGGACGCUCAGAUCAUCAGCUGGCUGCAGGAGUUCAGGUCGUGCGUCACGCAACUCGGGAAAGAACACGAACAGCUGAUCUACAUGGUUCUGAGGCUGCCGUGGCUCGGGCGGAGUCCUGCAGUGGUGGACGAAUAUCUGGCGUUCCUCAGUAACCUCAUCUCCGCCCAGACCGUGUACCUGAGGUCGUGUCUCAAAACACUCGUCUCUAAUUUCACGCCCAGAAGAGUGAAAAUCCAGGAAGGGAACGUGGACAUAUCAGAUUCGGAUGAUGACGAUGAGAACCUGCCCAGGAUAUUCGAUCACUGUCACCAGGCCUUGCAGAUGAUCGCAAGAUACGUCCCAUCUACCAGCCGGUUCCUGAUGCCGAUCCUCAGUGACAACUUCCCUUUUGUACAAAAAUCAUCCAGAACACUGGAAUGUUAUGUUCAUAACCUGCUCCGGAUCACGGUCUAUGUGCCGGCUCUGAGACAGGACGUGCUGGAGCUCAUUAUCAGCAAGAUGGUCAAUCUAGAUGUGAGCGCCCCACGCAGUGAGAUCGAGGAAAUGGAGAGUUUGAGAGAACAGAACCACGGAGCAGGUACUCAGGAUGACUGCCUGUUCAACAUGGAUGAGGACGAGAUGUCUCCACACGAUGGCGCUCAGCAGAUGUUUCACUCUGUAGCUGAGAGACUGGACACGCUGAUGUUGGUGUUGUUGACCUUCAUUAAGGACCAGAGCCACGUUAACGGUGUCUUGGAUGUCGAGCGAGUUAAAACCAUGUACAGAGAUCUGGUGUGUGUGUUCGAUAAGCUGGUCCUACCCACACACGCUUCCUGUCAUGUGCAGUUUUGCAUGUUUUACCUGUGCAGCUUCCGCCUGGCUUUAGCCGAAGCCUUUCUGGAUCACCUGUGGAAGGUGUUACAGAGCCCGUCUCAGCCCGCUGUCCUCCGCCAGGCCGCCGCCGCCUACAUGGGCAGCUUCCUCGCCAGAGCCAAGUUCAUUCCCAUAGCGACGGUGAGGGCGUGUCUGGACCUGCUGGUCCCAUGGCUUCAUCUCUACAUAGACAGCCAGGACUCGGGUUCUAAAGCAUUCUGUGACGUUUCUCUGCACGGACCGUUCUAUGCCUCCUGCCAGGCCGUGUUUUACACACUCAUCUUUAGACACAAGGCCAUCCUGGAGGGCAACAUGAAGAAAGGAUUGGCCUAUUUACAGAGUUUGAAUCUGGAGCGGAUCGUCAUGAGUCAGCUGAACCCACUGAAAGUGUGUCUGCCAGCCGUUACAAACAUGUUUGCUGCCAUCAUGAGGAAAUAUCAGCUGGUGUUCUGCUACACGAUCAUCGAACGAAACAACCGCUACAUGUUGCCUGUAGUGAGAAGCUCAGUGGGCGGAGACUCUCUGGCCACCAAUACCAAUCCUCUGGACACGUUUUUCCCCUUUGACCCUUACCUAUUAAAAAGAUCUGGACAAUAUUUCGAAUCGAUCUAUCAGGUGUGGGAAGAGCCGAGCGACUGUAUGGCACCUCCGAAGAAAGAAGCCACAAAAAAUUCUACAGAAGAAGAGGACGACUUCCUACAUGGCACAACGCCUCAGGCCGACAUGGUGAUGGGGUCGUACGAGUCGCACUUUCGCAGCCCCAGCAGUGUGGGUUCUCCUCCUAUUGCCUUCCUCCAACGUCCCUUCUGACACACACACACACACACACACGGACUGACAGACUGAGAUGAUAUCUUUUCUUCAGACCAUCCUGAAGUGCAUUCUCUUACUUCACACACAAUCUCACAAUACAGAUCCUUCCUAAGGACUUUGGGAGUAUUUGUACAGUUGUGUAACGUAUUAAAGAAGAGCUCAGAUGAUGGAAGAAUAAAGUAAUGUAAAUUAUUAAAUUUUAUAUUUAAAGAAAAGAACGCAAAUGUCACAAAUGAGUUAUUCAAAUGCAUUUAAAUGUCCAUAAUCUUCAGUGGCCUGCUGGCUACCUAUAGCUAACCUGACUGCCUUGCUGAGGGGAUUUAUUAUUAUUAUUUUUUUUACAUUUACUGUUUGCUACAUCCUGACCUUAACAGGAGCUUAUCUGAUGCUCAAAUGUUUAGCUAACUCUCUCAAGCUAACCCAAAAAUAUUUCUGAAAGGACAUUCAUUUAAUAUUUAAGAAUACUAUAGCCAGAUAGCUAAUGGAAGCUAAACUGACAGAAAUGACAGAAACUUCCCAUUAGCCAACUUGACAUGCUUUCUGAGAGGCUCUACUGUAUAUUGUUCAUGUUCAUUGACUGUUUGCCAUAUUCAGUGUUUGUGAUCUCGAAUAAUCUGUGCUAAUUAUUAGCUAAUCUGACAGGCAGGAUUUUUAAGAUAUAUUUAUGAAUGCUAAUAACCCCCAUAGCUAAGGCCAGUCAGGCAAUAUGGAAGAAAGAUUUUCUGUGUAACUGUUCAUAUUUAACUAGCAUUAUUGAGAGAUAUUUUUUUUAUUAUGUUAUAAUGCUACUUGCUUCAUUUCUUUAGUUUGUUAAGAAAAGAUUGAGCUAAAUGCUAGAGAAAACAUGUUUGUAAAUAAAAAAAAUCACAUUGUGUGGACUUUUGUGCAAUUAAACCCAUUAAUUUGUCA